UUAUUUUUAACUCGCGAACCGUUUUGGGAAUAAUAACAAAAGAUUUUGGAAAAAUAUUGGUAACGUCCCCAUACUACCUUUGACUCAUUCUCCAUAGACUAUUCAGCAUAAUAGAGAAUGAGUGCUCGAUCCCGACGUCCUGGCACUGCCAGUAGCCAGACACCAAACGAAUGUGUCCAAGUAGUUGUUCGUUGUCGUCCAAUCAGUAAUAAGGAACAAUCUGAGGGUUCGGAAGAAGUAGUUGCUGUGUAUCCAAAUCGCGGUGUGGUGGAGAUAACAAAUUUAUCUGAUGCUAAUAAAGAACAAACCAAAAUGUUCACUUACGAUGCUGCUUAUGACGCUGGUGCUACCCAAAUCAAUCUCUAUAAUGAAGUUGUUUUUCCGUUAGUGAGCUCUGUGCUAGAUGGUUUCAAUGGCUGUAUUUUCGCUUAUGGCCAAACGGGCACUGGAAAAACAUUUACCAUGGAAGGUGUCAGAGGUCACGAAGAACUUCAGGGUAUAAUUCCACGAACAUUUGAACAAAUUUGGCUACAUAUUAAUCGAACUGAGAAUUUUCAAUUUCUGGUCGAUGUCAGCUAUUUGGAAAUUUAUAUGGAAGAACUACGUGACUUAUUAAAACCAAAUUCCAAACAUUUGGAAGUUCGCGAACGCGGCUCUGGCGUCUAUGUGCCCAAUUUGCAUGCCAUCAAUUGUAAAAGUGUCGAUGAUAUGUUGAAUGUAAUGCAUAUUGGCAAUAAGAACCGCACUGUUGGUUUUACCAAUAUGAAUGAGCACAGCUCACGUUCACAUGCAAUAUUCAUGAUACGUAUCGAAAUGUGCGACAUUGAAACAAACACAAUAAAAGUAGGAAAGCUCAAUCUAAUCGAUUUAGCGGGAAGUGAACGUCAGUCGAAGACAGGUGCUUCAGCUGAACGUUUGAAAGAAGCAAGCAAAAUAAAUCUUGCUCUCUCCUCUCUGGGUAAUGUAAUAUCAGCGCUUGCAGAGAACUCGCCGCAUGUACCGUAUCGUGACUCGAAACUUACACGCCUUCUACAGGAUUCUUUGGGUGGUAAUUCAAAAACGAUUAUGAUAGCUAAUAUCGGCCCAUCCGCAUAUAAUUACAAUGAAACAUUGACUACUUUACGUUACGCAUCCCGAGCUAAGACCAUUCAAAACAAACCAGUGAAAAAUGAGGAUCCACAAGAUGCUAAACUUAAGGAAUAUCAAGAGGAAAUCGAAAGGUUGAAACGCUUAAUAGCACCGAAGCAACAACAGCGCACAGAAAAGACCGCAAAGAAACGACAGCGAAAACCAAAAAAAGAAAAGGUUAGCAAUGAAGUUGUGCAACAAGAGAUCGAGGAAAGCGAAGAAGAGCCCGAAUCAGACAAAGAGAAUGAAGCAGAAGUAGCGAAGUCGAACGAGGAAUUGGAGCGUGAGCGAGUCGAAACAGCUAAGCUUGCAACUAAAUUGGCAGAACUAGAGUCGCAGUUGGUGCGUGGUGGGAAAAAUUUAUUAGACACCUACAGUGAGCGUCAACUGGAGCUUGAGAAAAAACUGGUUGAGAUUGCAGAGCGUAAAAAACGAGAAAUUGAAAUUCAGCAACAAUUGGAAUUGCAGGAAGAGACUACUUUAGAAAUACGAGAGACAGUAACAUCCUUGGAGCAAGAAGUGGAAUUGAAGAAAAGAAAACUAUCGAAGUGCUAUGCUAAAUACUUGGCUCUUCAACAGGAACUGAACGAUUGUAAAUAUGAUCAUAAUCAAGAUUUACGGGAAUUAGAAAUGGCUCAGAAUGAACUUGUGAAAGAGUUGAAGAGACAGUUAUUAAUAAUAGACAAUUUUGUGCCUGUUGAAGUGAAGCAACGUCUUUACACCCAAGCAAAAUAUGACGAGGAACAAGAAGAAUGGAAGUUCUCUUCCACACCAUUAACAGGUGAUUCUAAUUACUUAGCAAAGCGCCCGGUAUCACAUCCUCAACGCCGUCGUCCUAUCUCAGAAUACGCUCUAAUGGAGGCUAAAACUAACACAACUUCCGCACUGCGUUUUAAAAACGAAAAUAUUGUCUCGUAUGAAUUGGAAAUGCCCUGCCGCACAACACAGGAGUAUCGUUCGCCGAAAGUUUCUGCAUCACUGCAGGCAGUAUUAGCUCAAGCUAUGCAAACCGGUGACGACAUUGACAUUGUUGAUUCGCACACGAAUUCCAUACGCAGCCGUCUCGAGAAUAUAAUAAAUGCUAGUGCCAAUGCAACGGCAGCACAAGCCACAGCUAAUAACAGUCCUACAACACCAAAUGGUGUCUCCUCAAUGCCCGUAGCUGCUGCACGCAAUAUAAAGCCAGGUCGAGGUAUAGCUUCACCUGGCUCGGCUAUCGACUCAAAUAGGCGACCGCCUACUGGACGUGUGGCGCCCAAAAAACCUGCAUCGGCUUAUCCGAAAGCUCGCGGCUUGGUUAAUAAGUAAAAGCGG